UCUAGAAGCCUGACGGAGUCUUUAAAUGUCUUCAGUCAACCAGAGUCAUCACUCCUACACAGACUUCCGAGUGGAUGGACAUGGACAGCGCGUUAAGGCAAAUGGUUCGUGGGAAGGCUCUGCUCUUCAUUGUAGUUCUUAGCCUGGGAGGAUCUUUCCAGGUUGGAUGCAACCUUACGCUCAUCAGCUCACCAACUCCGUUCAUUAAGAGCUUUAUUAACAGCAGCUGGACUGAGCGCUAUGGAGAAGCUCCAGGAGAGAACAUGGUCACACUCAUAUGGUCCACUAUAGCGUCCAGCUUUGCUUUUGGUGGCCUGUUUGGAUCCAUCAGUGUCCGCUGGAUCACCAACCACUUGGGGAGAAAGAGAGCUAUGAUCUGGAACAACGCGAUCAGCUUUGUUGCUUUAGGCACCAUGAUCGCAAGCAGAUUCGCAAACUCGUUCGAGAUGAUUAUGCUCUCUCGCUUUCUGUUUGGGUUCAUCUCAGGGUUAGCUACGAACAUCCAUUGCCUCUACCUUGGAGACAGCUCACCCAAGAAAAUAAGAGGAAUGGUCUCGCUUACGGUCGCUCUCUCCUUAUCUAGUGGCAAGCUGUUUGGACAGUUCAUGGGACUAAGUGAGAUCCUGGGUCGAGAGGACUUGUGGAAUAUCCUGCUCGGCAUCCCAGCGUUUUUCUCAAUAAUUCAGAUGGUAACACUGCCUUUCUUCCCUGAAGCACCGAGAUACUUACUAAUAGAGAAGGGCAACACUGAGGAGUGUAAAAAAGCGCUGCAGUUUCUGUGGGGUCCGGGGGACUAUAAGCUGGAGAUUGAGGAGAUGCUGCUAGAGCAGGCAGCUCUGAGAGGAGAGCGCAGUAAGACACUGCUGGAGCUGCUGAGGGACCGAAAUGUACGCUGGCAACUUCUCAGUUUGUUCAUCAUCCAAGAAGCUAUUCAGUUCUGUGGCAUCUCGGCGCUCAGCCUAUAUUCUUUCAGCAUCUUUCAGGAGGCUGGAAUUCAUGUGGAUGAGAUUCGUUAUGUUACUAUGGGGGUCGGGCUGUCCGAGGUCCUCACCAACAUCACAUGUGGCCUGCUGAUUGACCGUGUGGGCAGGAGAGUGCUGCUUUGGGUCGGUUUUGGUAUUAUGGCAGUCAUUAUGGCACUGAUGACCCUCACUUUGGAGCUAAAGGAUUACUCUUUCUGGAUUCCGUACAGCACCAUCGCCCUCAUAUUCCUCUUUGUCAUCUUUUAUGGAGCAGGUCCAGCUGGGGUGUUUCCACCGCUCAGUCAUGAGAUAUUUGUCCAAUCAUAUCGCUCUGCAGCGUUUGUGUUCAUUGGAAUUCUGAUGUGGGGCGGCUUCACUGUGUUAGGAUUCAUCUUUCCUUUCCUUAUGGUCACUCUGAAGUCCUUCAGCUUUGUUCUCUUCUCAGGCGUUUGUUUGGCCGCAUCCCUCUAUGUUUUCUUCAUCCUACCAGAAACGAAGGGCAAAACUCCUCUGGAAAUCUCUGAGGAGUUUAGGAACAUAACAGUAUGUGGCUCUUCCACUGAUAUGGACUUGUGCUUGGAGACCAAGUUGUGAAAAACAACCUGAUACAGACAGAAUGGAAGUAAAAAAGCAGUUUAUUUAUUCAUAAUUUGUUCAUUUAUUGUUUAUUUGUUCUUCACUACUGAGCUGGUGAUUUAGGCUUAUGAAUAAAACUUGACUGAGGUCGGCAA